ACCUUGAAGCGCAGCUACUCCCUCUCGGCCAGCUCUCGGGAGGCGAGCACGUUUUAAGUCUUAUCUUGCCGUCAAGUCACAAAUUUCAAGAUACCCCAACGAAGCAACAAACAGGAGAACACUAACUUUCUAACAUUAACACGCCAGCCUGAAGCAGGGCCGUAGUGUUUCUCUCUCUUUGCUGCCUUUUAUGAAUUAACAGAUUAGGUAAAACGUCGAGCUUGAAGCUGGUUAGUUGUGGCGAUAAUUUCAAAGGCGGGUGUGGCAAAGACCACUCUACAACCGGCGUCAAAUCCACGGUUAACGGUUUUAAACGACUGUGAAACCGGCAGGCUGCUGCACUAAAGGAGCACGCUCCUCCAGCUCCACAGGUGGUGUUUUUCUACAUUUGCAGCAUGCAGCCAGGUAUUUUACGUAGAAGCCAGCUGUUGGAUUCUCUGAAGGAGUACCUGAACAACAAGAGCAGGCUACAACCCAUCAUUGGCUUGGGCAGCCUUACAGAAUGUGUGAAGGCUGGUGCACAGAGCGGAGAAGCGUUGUAUCUGUGUGGAGUGUGUGUGUGUCGACACAGUAAGGCUGACAUACGUAACCACAUACUGGGAAGUCUCCACAGAUUCAACUACAUUAAAACCUGGCACCCUCACUUGGUGUCCAAAUGGCAGGAGACCUCUGACCUGUCUAAGCUGGCGUGGCCGCUGAUGGAGAUGGCCAAGAUGCUUGAGGAAAAAGAAGGUCCAGGAGAGAUCCAGUUGAUAGAGCUUGAAGAUGAUGUAUACCAGAGGAUGGCAACAUCCAGUGAAAAUGACGCAGUAACUCUCAUAAGUUACUUAAGAGAUAUACAGGGUGGAACUGAGAGCUAUUCUGAGACCACAGCUUUGCACUAUCCCACCGAAUCCCAGAGGACUGUAGUGCUUGCACAGGAUGAGUCCGGAUGGUCUCAGAAAUCCCUCAAGGCUGACAUAGACUCAUACGAGAUCUCAGCAGACACUAACAAGACAACCCCGCUGCUGAUGCAUGCAAAUGUUGAUCCCUCUCCCAACUCAGAAGUCUGUUUAGUAAACGCCUUUACAUCCCAGUUGGAUGCUCCUGAACCCUCGGCGUUAUCAGAGAUCAACAGCAGCUUUCUUGAUGGCUACACAGGAACCAUGCCUCUUAUUGGUCUCAACUGUGUGGUCGAGUGUAGAAGUGAAGAUGAGAGCUCAUACUGUUGGUUAUGCCACUGCUGCCGCAUCAGAGCCAACAAGAAGGACAUCAUCGAUCAUCUGACCAGCUCCUCACAUCUCGUCAACUACUUGAUGGAAACUCAUCCUGAGGAGGUGGAGGAAGUGACUGCAGAUGUUAAAGGCAACUCUCAGCUUCUUCAGUCUCUGGCAAAGAAAGUGGAGCAAGAAAAGGGCAGGGGAGAGCAGAAGGUGGUACAUGUACCAGAAACUCUUUGUACGCUACUCACUGGCAAAAGUUACCACUGGUGCAUAAAGAUGCUGCAAGAUGAAUGGAACCCUGCUAACAUUCAACAAAAGGGAAUAGCAGUCAGUGGGCCAAAUGUGAACCAGACAUCAGCAGGAGUCAUGCCAGAGAAAUGUGCUUUAAUGAAGUCAAAAAGUAAAAAAAAAGGGAAAGCAAAGUGGAAGACUGUUUUUAACGUAAGCCUGCCUCUUACCAAAGGUUCGGUGCUAAUGAAGAGGACGUCUUUCAACAGGGACAGCCUCCCUGUGUCACCUCCCUCUGAUUCAGAGCUCACGUCUCACCCGGGGUCUGAGAUUGUGGAUUGUGAAUUAAAAUAUUACAAUAUAUCAUUUGAAUUUAACAAUGCAGAAAUGACUCCAUUCCACUCAGAUGCUGAUCAAUAUUAUUACCAGCAACAUUUUCAAAAUCCAUACACGCCUUGUGAUUAUACAAAUCUUCAGAUGGGCGGUGUGGGUGGACAUCAUGAGACGUGCCGUGAUGUGGCUCCUUAUAUAAAUGGUACCAGGGUAAACAUGCCGACUCGCUCAGCAGAUGCCUGUGCGUACUGUGGCAGCAUCGCACCCUAUUCAAACUUCACCAAUGUCUCUGCCCAGGCAGCUCCACAGAAUUGUGGGCCACAGCCUACAGCUUAUGAAGCCAGCCAAGGACAUCAUGGGUGGAUGCCUUACCCCAGCCUCAACACCGGACCUAGGAUGAACCCUGACCAGCAGUUUCUUCCUCCAGUUUGCAGCGAUGGUAGUGAUUGGAGUCUGACACACUCUAAUGCCUUCAUUCAGCCUUAUGAACCUCAGUGUGCUGGAUCUUAUGCAAAUUUCAGUGGGGAUCAGUGGGGGUUAUACUAACACUGUCUUUUUUUUUUUUUUUUCCCUGAAUGGGAGCCUACUGAUGUGGUUGGGGGGGGUUGCAGUAAUAAAAGUAUUCAGUAUUAAAUAUUGUUGCGACUGAAAGUCAAAGGGCACAAAUACUACAGUUUUAAGGGAAUAUAUAUAUAUAUAUUCUACAUUUUACAAAUGUAUUAUUUCAUGAAGUAUUUCUUUGUGUGUGCUUGGAAACACUCAUGUUACAGCUGCUGUAUUAUUUGAUCAGAUGAGAACAAAAGCAUUUAGAUCUAGAAAUGAUACCCUUGAUUUUUUCCCAUUUGAGGUGUGGCUAUUAAACAGCAAAACAGGGCUAAGGGAAGCUGAAACUGCUUGAGUUUUAUCUAACAGCCGCUCCUCUUAUAGGAAUUACACAAGUGGCUCAAGCAGUGAAAGAAGAACUGGAAAUAAGGGGAAUAUAAAUAGAGCUUGCUGAUGGAUUUCCAGGUCUUCACCCUAAUCAAGUGAGGCUGAGAAACGUGCUCAGUAACACUAAACAUCUGACUGUUUGUGUGUUGUUUUUGUGUGUAUGUGUGUUUUAUAAAUUGUAUUGUUCUGACUAACAACAAAGAAUUGUUUCCAGUUACAUACAGUGAUUUUUUUUUAACUAUUACUGCACUUUUUUUUUAAAUCUACAAGCUGUGCCUUAUUAACUCUAGAAAACAAUUUAAAAAUUUGUGAAAUAUCACAUUAGGUUUUGAGUGGAUUUACUGUGUUAUGUUUUUUUUAAGUGAAAUGAGU